AUGGACGAAACCGAAGAACUACACCAAAAAAUCGUAGAACUUCAAUACAAAGAAGAAAAACUGCGAGCCGAAAACAACGCUUUACAACAGGCACUCGAAGAACAAGCCAUCCUGAUACAAGAAUUAUACCAAGAAAAAGCGGGAGAAAACGACAAAGAGAAAGUAGCCAACUACGCCGAAUACGUCCAAACCCUCCAGGUCGAUCUCAACCAAGCCCACCACCAAAUUGAGUACUACAAAGUCCUCGCAGAGGAUUCGCAGCGGCGCGCAAUUCGCUACCAGGAGUCUCUAACGCAAGCUACAAAAAACCAGGUAGCAGUCAGCCACGUAGAAGCACAGAAGGAGCAGCUCCAACGCGAACUAGCGGAGCACAAAUUCAUCAUUCACAAACUGCAGUCAGAAAACAAGCAUGCGGCCGAGAACUUCGAGCGCUUGCGCGAACGCGACAAGAAGGCUCUGGCAGCAUGUGAACUUCGGUUGGCAGACCUAGUCUCGCAUGCGUGCGAGGUAGAGACAGAGAGCGAAGCUUUCAGCGACGUCUUCACGAAUCUAAUUGAUACGCUUGAGAACGAGAAUAUAACAGCUAGGUCUGUGCUUAACGAUCGAGGGGCGUUGCUAAAUAAGAUGGAAGUCUUGUAUAGUGUAGUUGUUUAUCAGGGCUUGUUUCAGACGCUGUCGGAUCCGCAUAUGACGGCGAUUGGGUGUCUGCCGCCGGGUUUGGAUGCGCUGAUGACGGGGGCGUCCGACGACUUACAUGCGUAUCAGGAGAUUCAUAGCAUGUUUUCCGGCGUUGGAGCUGCGAUGGAAGACCAGAUUCGCAAUGAACUUGGUGGUAUGUCUGAGAGUGCGGGUGGUAUGCUUAGGAGUUUGCACUACAUCAAGAGGGAUGUUGAGGCUUUUUUGGCGCGUCUGCGUGCGGAGCCGGGAGCCUGGUUCAGUAUGAAAGCAAAGUUCGGAAACAUCUGGCGGUAG